AAAAUAGUUAAGCAUGGCGACGGAGGAUUCUGCCCCCGUCCGCGUCGUCUCCCGCCGCAUGGUGCGGCCGUCUUCGAGCGGCGUGGCGACGUGCUCAGCCGAGCCUGCGGCCGAGACGGUGCACCUUGCGCCGUGGGACCUCCAGAUGCUGACCGUGGACUACAUCCAGAAGGGCAUCCUCCUGCCUAAGCCCCCCGCCGGAGACGGCGGCGAGCGCCUCGUCGGGCGCCUUGCGUCGUCCUUCGCCCGCGCUCUAGGACGCUUCUACCCCUUCGCCGGCCGCCUCGCAGCCGAGGAGCAGCUGGAGGACGGCGGCGUCACCGUCUCUCUGCACUGCACCAGCGAGGGCGCAGAGUUCGUCCACGCGGUGGCGCCCGGCGUCACGGUGGCCGAUGUCGCGGCGUCGCUGUACAUCCCCCGUGUGGUCUGGCCUUUUUUCCCACUCGACGGGUUGGUCGGCGCGGAUGCCGUGGCCGACUCGCGCCCCGUCCUUGCCGCGCAGGUCACCGAGCUCGCCGACGGCGUGUUUGUCGCCAUGUCGCUCAGCCACGCCGUUGCCGAUGGGACUGCCUUCUGGCACCUCUUCAACACCUGGUCCGAGAUGAGCCGGAGUGGCGGCACCGACGCCGAGAUGCUCACGCCGCCGCCGGUGCUCGUGCGCUGGUUCCCCGAUGCCUGCCCUGUACCGGUCCCUCUGCCGUUCGCCAAGCUGGAGCAUAUGAUCCGGCGGUUCGAUUGCCCGCCGGUGGAGGAGUGCUUCUUCCAUUUCUCCGCGGAGAGCAUCAAGAAGCUGAAGGCCAGAGCGAACGCCGAGGUGGCCAGCGCCGGCGUCGGCUCGGCGACCUCCACAGCCACCCUCUCGUCCCUCCAGUCCCUGCUCGCACACGUCUGGCGCUCAGUGUCUCGCGCCCGGCGCCUGUCACCGGUGGAAGAGACGACGUACACCGUGCUCGUCGGGUGCCGCGGCCGUGUCAAGCGCGUACCACAAACGUACGCAGGGAACGCCGUGGUGCGCGCCACGGCGAGGUCCACGGCCGGCGAGAUCCUGGACAGGGGACUGGGGUGGACGGCGCGGCUGCUGAACAGCGCCAUCGCGUCGCUCGACGAGGCAGCGCUGGUGGGCUCGCUAACUUCGUGGCACCAGGACCCGAGGUUCGCGUACCAGGCGGGGUUCUGGAACCCGGCGAUGGUGGUGACCGGGAACUCGCCGCGGUUUGACGCGUACGGAAACGACUUCGGGUGGGGACCGCCGGUGGCCGUGCGGAGCGGUGGUGCGAACAAGGUGGACGGGCGGGUGACGGUGUACGAGGGCCGCGGGGGCGGUGGGAGCAUGGGGCUGGAGGUGUGCCUCGCGCCGGAGGCGCUCGCGCGGCUAGCUGCAGACGAUGAGUUCAUCUAUCAGGACUGACGUAGUACAAUAGUUCUCCCAGUUUGUGCGCCUACGUCCAUUUCAACAAGGGCUUAUUUGCUUGACUGGAUUUCUAAAUCAUGGAAUGCCCUUGGAAAAUUCUCAUGAGGUUUGACCUAAUGCUAGUGCCCGUGGUGAUCUUCAAAUCUUAAUGUAAUUUUUGUUAUGUUAUUAAGGGUUAAUUAGGUUUGAA